AUGUUCAGGUUCUUCCGUCCGCGACCCUUCUUCUCGCAGGGGUCGUCCGUACUCCGACGGCAACGACCACCAUCACCACGAACACCCUUACUAACCGAGAGCCGUUCCCUCGUCACCUCGCCAAGCAUAUUUCUCAACCGACCGUCACCAAGAAGCCGCCCACCGCAACGAUGCGCCGCCCAACCCGCUCUCUUCCGCCGCUCCCCCUUCCCACCACCACCAUCAUUACAAUGCUACCAACACCACCAACGCCGCGCCUACAACUACAACGGCGGGCCGCCGCCCUACGACCCGACCGCGCGCGAGCAGCGCCUCCGCGCCGCAAACCCCCUCGUGCACUGGCGCGGCUGGCGUGCCCUCAACACGCCGUCCACCUACACCAUCAUCGCCGUCUCGGCCUCGGCCGCGCUGAUUUUCUACUUUGCCAACCUCGAGACGGUGCCCGUGUCGGGCCGCACGCGCUUCAACGUCUACUCGGCCGACAGCGUGCGGCGCGCUGGCGAGGUCGAGUACAAACGGCUGGUGUGGGACCUGGAGCGGAACGGGGUGCGGAUUCUCGGGGAGUGGGACCCCCGCACGGUCAGGGUGAGGAGGGUUAUGGAGCGGUUGAUCCCCUUUAGUGGGCUGGCGGAGGAGCAGGAGGGGGAGAAGUGGGAGGUGUAUGUGGUGGAUGACCCGCGGACGGCCAACGCGUUUGUGUUGCCCGGAGGCAGGGUGUUUGUGUUUAGUGGGAUUUUGGGGCUGGCGGGGAACGAUAGUGGGCUGGCGACUGUGCUGGGGCAUGAGAUUGCGCAUAAUCUGGCCGGGCACCACGGGGAGAGGUUGAGUCAGGAUAUCGGGGCGUCGAUUGCGCUGUGGAGUUUGGUGAUCCUGGGGGGUGCCUUUGGGUUGGGCCCGUUUCUGAUGCAUUUCUUUGGGUCAAGGUUCGUGGAUGUUGCGUUUGGCUUGCCGAUGAGCCGGAUGCAGGAGAGGGAGGCUGAUUAUAUUGGGCUGAUGAUGAUGGCCGAGGCUUGCUAUGAUCCGCGGGAGGCGCCCAAGUUCUGGGCGAGGAUGCAGAUGGCCACUAAGGGGGAGGAGGUGCCCGAGUGGAUGAGCACGCACCCGACUAACAUCAACAGGAUUGAGAAGAUUCAGGAAUGGCUGCCCCAAGCCAUGGAGAAGCGGGCGCAGAGCGACUGCAGGUCGACGACGGCCUUCGCAGAUCUCUUUCGACAGGCUUUACGGACUGGCCAGGUCAUCAUAAUCUGA